AUUCCCAAUCUCCUUUGUGGAUAAACACAGCUACUGGACUGGCAGAAGAUUUGGACAAAUUGAAAAUGCCAGCUAGAGAGGCCUUUGUGACCAUGGUCACCACAGACUCGUACUGCAUGGGGGCCACAGUGGUUGCCAGAAGUUUGCGGCGACAUGGAACGACUCGCUGCAUCGUUGUCAUGGUUACGCCAAACAUCUCUGAGCACUCAAGGUUUGCCCUUGACAAUGUGUUUGAUGAGGUUAUCACGGUCGAUGUGAUGGACAGUAAGGAUUGCUCCCAUCUGGCUUUGCUGGGACGUCCUGAGCUCGGCACCACCUUUACAAAGAUCCACUGUUGGACUCUGACGCAGUACAGCAAAUGUGUCUUCCUGGACGCCGACACGCUUGUGCUGCGUAACGUGGACGAGCUCUUCGAGAGAGACGAGCUGUCGGCAGCCCCCGAUCCUGGCUGGCCUGACUGCUUUAACUCAGGCGUAUUUGUCUUCAGACCGUCCCUCCACACCCACGGCAGGCUCUUGGAUCAUGCCCUACAGCACGGCAGCUUUGAUGGAGGAGACCAGGGUCUGUUGAACUCCUUCUUCAGUAGCUGGCCAGUGGCAGACAUCAGUAAACACCUGCCGUUUGUCUACAACCUCAGUGCCAGCUCGCUCUACAGCUACCUCCCUGCUUUCCAACAGUUUGGCCACAAUGCGAAGAUUGUCCACUUUCUGGGAGCAGUCAAACCCUGGAACUCACACAGGGAUGACAACAGCUCACCCACCAUGGACGAGUUUGUGUCUCUGUGGUGGAGGGAAUACCUCAGUCACACAACAUCAUCUGCUCCAGUGACCCACACCAGUCAAGACCGGGAGAAAUCACAACAGAUCCAAGAACGAGACGCCAAGAUGCUGUUUAGAAAAAACUUGGACAGCUCCAAUUCACUGCUCGCACACUUUUCUCCUCCUUCUCAGAGUAUUCAUUCACAACCCAAGAUGAUGCAGCAGGCACCUGUUUUCAGUGAAAAACCUCCAACAAACCCACCACACACAGUGAACCAGUUUUCUCACACAGAUAACACACUGUUGGAGGAAGAGUCGAGAUCAUCUGAGAGGACGGAGGUCAAGGAUCCAGCUUUGGGAGCCGAAGGACUCGAGAGCAGGGAUAGCACUACAGUAACAGAUACUCCUCCUCAGACGGCAGCUGACAGAAAAACAGAGCAGCUGGAGCGUCGCAGGAGGUGGGAGGCCGGACAGGCAGACUACCUGGGCAGAGACGCCUUCAAGAACAUCCAGAAGAUGCUGGACAGCUUCCUGCUUUAGAAGACACACAUGAGGACAUCUAUAACUUAAACAUAAACUUGUGCAUUAGCUCUAUUCCAUAUCCAGUGAAGUAGAUUUUUCAGUCUGAACAGUCUGGUUGAAUUUUAAGGCUGGAGUUUUAGAGUUUGAUUGAUGUGUGUUUUAUAUCCUAAUAUUUUAUGUCUUUAAAGCCCCUAUAUGUAGGACUUAUGAGAUUAUUGUUUUCUAGAGGGCUUAUGGUUCUAUUCCCACCCACGUUGAAGCAUACACUAAGACUAACCUUGUUUUUUCUUUCAAAAAUCUACACAAAUUAGAAAUCUUGCAUCUGACAUAAAUUCCACAUAUAGGGGUUUUAGCACUGAUAUUUGUGCCACUGUCAAUAAACUAAGCUAUGACCUGA